AUGAUUUGCAUUGAGGCAGUGUACUUCGAUGGAACUGUCGAAGUCAUUUUCGAAAUGUAUCCAACAAAUUCAGCAGUAAAACGUUUGUGUACGAUUACUAUAUCCGGAGCAGAUGUUGGAUUUGGGCAUUUCCUCCCUCCUGGGUCUCCAGGUGUUAAUCUCAUAUACAAAACGUGCUCCGAAGUCGACGCUGACGUGGCGUGCACUGAUUCAGCACUCGAAGCCAUUCAAAAUCAUACAAGUGAUUUGUUUGGAAAUGAAAAAGAAUAUCGAGUGGAUAUGUUUUCUCUUUAUGAUGGGGAUAGUAUUCCAAGACUCCACAAUAUUAGAUCGAGUCGCGUAUGGGCCUAUCCAACAAUUAAUGGAAAGAUUGUUGACUCUUUCUGCUCCGAGUCGCCCAAUCAAGAUUUUCUGCAAGUGUUAUCACCGAUAAAUGGGCGGUUGGACGAAAAUUCGAAACUGUACGGAAUGAAAGCAAUAGAUGUUCAUGAAGGGUUCAAUUCAGAAUUGCUGUCCGAUAUUUUUCGUAGAUUCACUGGAAUUCAAGCGUUUCUGAGCAGUUCUAAACUCGAGAUUUCUCGGCUUAUCGAAUUUGUGAAUAGAUGGAAAUCCAAUGAGGGAUCCGAGAGUUUAGAAGUUUUGGUUGUGAGUUUCAAUCAACGUUUUGAUCUUUCCAAUCGGAUUGAAAUCGAAAACUCGAUUGGAAUAAGAGAGUUAUCGUCAGAAAACAAUGCUCCAGAGUUUCAUUACAAAAGGAGAUAUAAUCUCGAUCCGAACGACUUUUUUUCUCACAGUUUUGUUUCAAAUAGCUACGUGGUUCGAGAUCAUGAUCAACGUGUCGCGUCGGUUCUUCUCAACGAGGAAAAAUUUUCGAUAGGAAUCUGGGAUCUGACGGAGAACGAGUUCCUCGAAAAAUGUCUCAAGUCAUGA